GGAAUUAGCACAGGGGCCAUGCCAGGGCAAGCAUUUAGGAAGUUUCUUUCUUUGACAAAGUGUUGGCUGAAAAGUGUCACAGAAACUGUAGCCAAAGGUGUCAUUAUGCGCUUAGAAAAAGCUCAAGGAAAAGCAUUGCAGCCAACAGUAGUGGAGCCUGUUGGAUCAGGCACCAAGGAAAUGAUGGAGAUUCAACUAGGUAGUGGGAAAGUUGGAGGUAAAAUUCUUCUGGAUUAUGGGAGCAUUAAAGUAGUUCUGGACAACAAGGAUUAUUUUGCCUUUAGAGAUGGUGACUACUGGAAGACAAGUAUACUAAAAUCACUGUUUGAAAAUUACAUCACAUAAAGAUGCCAUCUCAUUGAAACUCUGAAAUCUUUCAUCCUGUAAAUAAUCGCGGUGCCUCUUUUAUAAUAAACUAAUGUUAUGUAAACUCAUGACAUCUGUUUUUCUUUAAACUGGCUUCACUGUUUUGGAGUG